AUGGCCAGAGUCUCCAAGGUUAUAGCGGCAGAACUUGAAUCCAAUUGUCAUAGUGAUGAUUUCAUACACAACAAAAUAAAGGGCAUUAGAAGAGAUGUCCCUCUGUGUGUAGUAUCUAUCAAUUCGGGUAGAAAAAGGAUGUUUUUUAGGAAACUAAACUUAUUUUCUUUCAUCCCACUGUUGGAUGUUAAAACCAAGUUUUACAAUUUGGAGAUGGAUGAUUUAUAUCUCGAAGUCCAGAUUCAGAAUAUUUCAUCAUCAACUGUGUUUAUACAAAAGGUUUCCCUAGAUUCAUCUUUAAUGUACAUUGUAACAGAAUUAAAUACUCUCAACCAAGCUGGAGAAGAUGAGUGCACCUUUGGAACCAGGACAGUUUUGCAAUCAAUGGAAGGACGCCAGUACUUAUACCACCUUCAGCUCAAACAGGAAUUUGCAGAGAAAGCUGGCAUCAUUAGAGGACUAACAGAAAUGGGAAAGUUGGAUAUAGUGUGGAAAAGAAAUCUAGGUGAAAUGGCAAUGGUACAGACAAUCCAACUUGAAAGAGAAGCUCCAGGUUAUGGAAACAUGAGGCUUUCUUUGGAGACAAUUCCAGAUACUGUAAUUCUAGAAAAGCCUUUUCAUAUUACCUGUAAGAUAACAAACUACAGCAAUAGGAAAAUGAAAUUGGCUUUGAAAAUGUGUGACAGAGAUUCUGUUCGUUGGUGUGGAAGUUCAGGAAAGUAUCUUGGAAAACUGCCUCCAAAUUCAUCUCUCUGUUUCACCCUGACACUCUUAACCUUAAAACUGGGCCUUCAAAGCAUCUCUGGCAUAAGGAUAACAGACAAAUUAUUGAAGAGAACAUAUGAAUAUAAUGAUAUUGCAAAAGUCUGUGUAAUACCUUCCAUUUUAAAAUGA